UCUCGUUCUAAUCCUCGCUUCUUCUUUUUUCUUUUUUCUUUUUUGCUUCUUCCUUCGAUUCAUUCCUGCAGGCCGACAACAAACCAACUGCUACAUAAAAGCUUCAUUAACUUAGUUUUUCUUUUUAUUAUUCUAUCCGAAAACUAGAACCUGUUCAAGCCAAAGAUAUCGCCUUUUCUGUUUGUAUCAUGGAAGACGUUUCAUUUCUGCAGAGUUUUCCUGUACCUGUGAAAGCAGCUUUUUUCUGAAUCCUCAAAAUCUGAACUGGGAUUUGGCUAUCACCAGAAGCUAUUAGUAUUAUGUCUUUUGUUGUGGCCCGAACAGGGCGACACCGACAGCGUUAUGAAGACAACUUUCGACUUGUUUCUGGGUGUAUUCCCUAUAGAUGGAGGAAGGACAUCAGGGAUCAAAAGGGCACAGAGCACAUAAUAGAAGUUCUAAUGGUUACUUCACCAAAACGUGAUGAUCUAGUGUUUCCAAAGGGAGGAUGGGAGGACGAUGAAACUGUCAUGGAAGCUGCUUGUCGAGAAGCUUUAGAGGAAGCAGGGGUGAAAGGAAUACCAAGAGAAAACCCCUUGGGAAUGUGGGAAUUCAGGAGCAAAAGCAGCCAGGACUUGUGCAACAUGGAAGGAGGCUGCAGAGGAUACAUGUUUGCCUUGGAGGUGACUGAAGAACUUGAGACCUGGCCAGAGCAGAAAAACCGUGAUCGGCAAUGGUUAAAUGUCAGAGAGGCGUUUCGACUCUGCCGGUACGAUUGGAUGUGUGAAGCACUAGAAGAGUUUCUGAAAGUUAUAACAGAGGACAGAGAGCUUCAGGAGCAGGAAGAGAAAGUGGAUCCUUCUUUAAUUCAAGUACCAGAUGUGCCAACUAACAUGUUUAUAAGACCUUCUACUAUAACUACUCAACAUCGUACUAUGUCACUAAAACACCCGCCACUUGCUGCUAAGGAUAUCAUAGCCAUUCACUUUGGUUGUUGAAACUUCCUUGCAUGUGCCCUUUUGCAGUAGGUUCCUGUAAUGAACGACGGUGAAGUAGGCUUGGUGAAAAACACAUCUAGACCAUCCACUUCAUUUUAGCUUCUUUUUCUUUAUUUCCAUGGGAUUAUGUAAAGUAUGAUGGUAGAAAUUUCAACUUGAAACUUCAACUUAAGGGGAAGGUUGGGUUGUAGACAUUAUAAAUUUUCAGGUGUUUGGGAA